CGCCCAUGAGAGUUGAAAACAUGUCUGAUCCAAACAGUGAGGAUGAAUCGGGUGAAACAAACCUCUUAUCCCCAAAUUUUAACCCUCUGAAAGCUUUGUACUCAUCCGGAGUGCAACUGCCUUUCCCUGGUGCGACAAUUUUCAACAACUUGUUCGAGUAUGAACGGAUUACAGCCGCGCGUAAUCGCGGCGACUGCAGCUAUGUCAGUGCCAGCAGUCAUGGCAGUAGUGCCGAUGGCAACAGUGGUAGGAGUUUACCGUCUUCACAAGGGAAGGAACGAACAGUACAAGAAUCAUAUCAAACGGGCAGCAUAUCAAGAACGCGCAGGCAGAAAGAGCAAGUCCCCCUGGGAAGAGGUUUUAGAGCCACACAAGAAAUGCUCAUUGACACUGCCAAAAAUAAACCACGUACUUUUAGGAAUGUGCUCACACGAAUGUCAGAAUAUUCCUCUGGGCCUCUGUCCAUGCUGUAUCGUUGCAUGAAUGAGCGCUGUAAGGUGCGCGUGUGCACCAGGUCAUUCAAGGGACUGCGCAGUAUCUGCACCGGCUACUUGGUCACUUUCGACAAGUUCUUCAACAUGGCUCUGACAGAUGUGGACGAGGUGUGGAGACGGCUUUCUACGGGCCAACGAUUCUACCAUGAGGAGACAGUCACUUUCUCCAAGAUUAUGGACUGUUCCAGGACACUGGAGUCUGCAGAUUCAGGACAAAUGGAUAAAUCAGGAACAAAGGAAACAAAAGAGAUAGCCCAGCUGAAAGAAGCAGGAACCAGUUCCCAAAAGAAACCUCAGACAUCUGAACACCUUUAUCAGGACAAGCACACAAAAGAUUCCUCGUCAGUACUUGAACGUGAAGACAGAAGACACUCUGCAAAAGAUGUACCUUCAGAAUCUCAUCAGGAGGAUGGACGCCGUUCCGAGAAAAGCAAACACAGAGGUUUGCGGCAGCAUAGACAGAAAGAGGAGAGGCCAUCCAAGACUAGAGAGGGGAAGGAAAGGCAGAAAUCGUCACACAGGAAUUCACCAGGGACCAAAGAGCGAACUAAAAAAUCAUCCCCGGAGCCAGACAAAGGAAGAAGUGACGAUGAAGACAUUGAAGAUUUGCAGCAACGUCUCGCUGCCCUGCAGAGAGAAUUGACGUCACUGUCUGCAGAUGACGAGAAGGCAGGUGACACAGGAAUCUCAGAACACCUGGCGGCAGUGCACGACUUCGGUUCCUCUUCUGAAGUUAAAACAGAGGGGAGUGCUCAACUCAAAGAGGUAGAUGAAGUAAGAGGAGUGAUAAGAACUACAAGAAGAGAUAGCAGAUCACAAGACAGGAUUUCCCAGCAUCCUGAGCAGGUUAGAACAUCAGCUGAGGGGCCAAAAGAGGUUCAAGGUCAAGAGUCAGGUCAAAGAGCCAAAGGUGACAGGAAAGACAACUUCAACUUGGCUGGUGAAACCAGAGAUCAACCAAGUCACUCUACCAGCACUGACACGAAUUCAAAGGUCAAACCUAUUGAAAAAAAAGACAGUGCUGCUGUUGGGGUUAAGAUUAAGAAGGGUCGACUUCAGAUAAAAGCUGAGGAGUUCCAAAGGCGGCACGUUAAUCAGCUCUUCAUCAGGGGUGACAACGUGGUGUUAGUUUCUGUUGAUAGCAUUUUACUGCCAAAGUAGGACACUUAUCUCACGGAUGGAUGAAGAACAUGUCAUUUGUUUUUUUUAUUUCAAUUUUACACAGCUACAAAGAAUAUGAAGCUCUUUUGAUUUUAAAGUCUGUUACGGAAAAGAUUCCACGGAAUUGAAUAUUAAAUUUAAGAGUUAAAAUCAAAACCAAAUUCUUCAACUGUUGGAAAACCAUUUUAUUUCCAGUUGAACAAAUGUAAUCAAGUUACACAUGAUCCAAAGCCAGUAAUUAUUUCAGAGUCUCAGUUUUGUAUGACGAACUACAUGCAGUUCAGCUACUGCUUACGUUAUUCCUUCAUUAACUUGAAACUGAAAGCAUUUUUCUAUUUUAAAAAUUAUCAAAAUCUGUCUGUAAAAUCUAUUAAACUAUCCAAACCAGUUACAGGCUAAUAUUAAUAAGAAAUGAAAUUUCUGAUGGAAAAUCACUUAGAAUGCAACCAUUCUACGGGUAAUACCUACAAGCAGCUUGGCUUCAACCAUAAUCUGCCAAAAUUUCAGUCCAUUACUAUGCACACAUCCCGUCUUUACACACAACCUUUGGCUUUUCACAACAUAUACAAAAACAAGAAUCACUCUAAAGAGCUGAUUCAAGAAAAUAUGCAAAUAUUUGGCUAAUAAAUGCUGCUUUAACCUAUGCAUUUACAAAUGUUUAUUGCAAACAAGGUGCUUAGUACUUUCAAAGUCAUCUUUCAUAUUUUUGUAUGACACAACCAAAUGUUUUUGUAGAAUAAAAACAGAUAAAUCGA